UAUAUCGCGAUUCGCUGCAUACACCGCAUGGAGAGACCACGAUAGGAAGAUUAUGCUGUCGAGAUUUGUUCUGAAAUUUAGGGGCAUUUAACCCCCUUAAUUAUUCGGGAAAUUUGGAGUAAUCUGUAACAUAUUUAUCUUUGAGGAUCGUAUUGAUCAUCAAGCAGCAUUAGCCUUGUAAGAAGAUAACACUGAAAGUAAUUUAAUGGUGACCGUAUGCUCAGAAGGAUAAACAUUUCACGUGGCUCUUUGUCAAGUUUGUGUACUGGAAGCACAUGUACCGGUAUACGCGGUACCGGCGAAAUUUGUUUACAUUUUGAAUGAAUAAAUUGGAGUAUUUCGUGGAACCUUAACCUCGCGAUAAAGGGUCGGCCUUACUCUAUUUGAUCGUUGGACUGUCUUGAUUUUGCUCACAAUCAGCACUCAGUUUUAUAUCACUUCGAUUCAACGUCAAUUCUUCAACCAGCAUAUCGUGUAGGUUGUAGGCUUCUUCUCUUUGCUUUUUUUAAAAGGGAGGAUAAAGUCAACUCAAAGAUGGCUGACGAGAAAGGAGACAUGCAGGCCGUAGCGAACCCCGCAGCGGCUCCUGUUGCCAAUGGCAAACCGUCCAACGACGAUGACCGUGUCACUUUGAAGCCUAAAAUCUCACUCCUAAAUGGAGUCACCAUCAUCGUCGGAAUCAUCAUCGGUUCCGGCAUCUUCAUCUCCCCUCAGAUUGUGCUGAAGUUGAGCGGAUCUCCCGGCAUGUCCCUUAUCGUUUGGACGGCAUGCGGCGUGUUCUCGAUGAUCGGUGCCCUGUGCUACGGCGAGCUGGGCACCAUGAUAACCAUGUCCGGCGGUGACUACGCCUACAUCCUGGUCGCAUUUGGCCCCCUGCCCGCCUUCCUGCUGCUCUGGGUCACCCUCGUCAUCAUCAGGCCCACAGCUCAGGCUGUGGUUGCCAUGACAUUUGGGCAGUAUAUUCUGCAGCCGUUCUACUCCCAGGAAUGCCCUCCACCUCAAAUACCAGUUAAAAUUCUGGCAGCCGGCUGUAUAACGUUCCUGACCUUUGUCAACAGCUACAGCGUCAAAUGGGCAACACGUGUUCAGGAUUUCUUUACUGCAGCAAAGGUACUGGCCCUGAUUGUCAUCAUUAUCACCGGCUUGGUUCAGCUUUGCAUGGGUAAAACUCAGAAUCUAGAGAAUGCCUUUGAAGGAUCAACAACCGAUGUUGGACAACUUGCCCUCGCUAUGUAUGCUGGUCUGUUUGCCUAUGGUGGCUGGAACUAUCUGAACUACGUGACAGAGGAACUCAAGAAUCCUUUCGUGAAUCUUCCAAGAGCCAUCCUUAUCUCUGUACCAACAGUCAUCUUCAUCUAUGUAGCAGCCAACGUCUCCUACUUCAUUGCUAUGUCUCCUGCAGAACUCCUGGCCACGGAUGCUGUAGCAGUGACCUUUGGUCAGAAGCUUCUAGGAGUGAUGGGUUGGAUAAUGCCAGUGGCGGUCGCCCUCUCGACCUUCGGUGGGGUCAACGGACUUCUUCUAACAGGAUCCAGGAUCUACUUUGUUGGAGCUCGUAUCGGCCACCUGCCAGAGUCAAUCGCCAUGAUCAGCAUCAACAGGAAGACACCCUUACCGUCUCUCAUGUUCACCUGCAUCCUAUCCCUGCUCUACCUGUUCGCUCAAAACAUCGGUCAGCUGAUCAACUACUUCAGCUUUGUCACCUGGUUAGCCACUGGGACGUCCAUCGCCGGUCAGCUCUACCUCAGGUGGAAAGAACCGGACAUGGCCAGGCCUGUGAAGGUGUUCAUUCUCUUGCCCAUCAUCUUCUUGUUAGCCUGUAUCUUCCUGACUGUCAUGGGGGUCUAUGCCGCUCCCGUCGACACCCUCAUCGGUGCGGCCAUCUUGCUCUCGGGGGUUCCCGUCUACUUCAUUGGAGUCUGGUGGACAGCCAAGCCCACCUGGUUCCUCAGCGCUGUCCAAUCCUUCACCAUCUGGAUGCAGAAGCUUCUAUGCUGUGUUGCCGAGGAGAAAGAGGAUUAACCUUGAUGUUCUCUCAAUUUAUAAUGAGAAUUUGAUCAUUUGGGGUAAAUUUAUAUCUUUGAAGGCAAUUGCUAGCAGUGGAUUGUCAUUACCACUCUGGUGAAAACUGCUAGCUUUCUUUCCUGACGAGAUAACUUGCCUUUUUGAAAAAUCUGUUUAAAAAAAAAAUGUGCUACUAUUAGCCACAAAAACAAACAAAUAUUGGAAUGGAGGGAUAAGAAGGAACAAAGAUGAGGGUCCUGUUUCUUAAAGCUUAUAAAACAAAAAAAAGUUACAAUGAUUGAUAAAAGCUACUGAAACCAUCGUGUUUGCACGCUUGUUAGAAAAUUGUUACUUAACAUUGCCACUUGUUAUUGCUUACAGAUUUAUAAAACAGGCAAUUAUUUUUUUGUUUCUAUGUUCAGACAUGCGCAAAUGUAUUUAAAAAUGAAGAAAAACACGUGAUUAUCUUUAUUGUCAUCUUUGUGUAUUUUUGAACAUGGAAAUGAUUUCAAGUUUUAUUCAUCACUAAAUAUGGUAGGUCGGGCCCUCUAAAGCCAUAGAGGUCUUGUAAUUUCAACCAGAAGCUGGUAGAUUGUUUGACUUUAAUAUAUAUCUGUACAAAGCUUUCUGCUUGAAACAUGUUUGUGAUAUUACAAAAAAUGAGUGUGAUUUAUAAAAGAGCACCUCUGUGCUGCGAAAAUCUUAGGCUAACCCUUCCAAAAGUUCUGAUGUUGCAGGUUAAAUAAAACAAAAAGAAGAUUUGAGGAAUAUUUUGAUUUUGAUGGGGAAAAGUAUUUUAUGGAGGUUUGUUGAGGUAAGAUAUUUGAUGCAUAUUGCCUUCUUUAAAAUGCCAUCCCAUUAGAAGUAAAUCAUAUUAUUUUUGAAAAUUAUAUCUUUGGAAAUAAAUGAUUCUAACGCAAAUGAGCAGGUAAAAUAUUAAUUUGACUACUGAAUAACACCGUCCUAUAUCAUUAAAAGUAUUAUAUAUUGACCUCACUAUUAGGUGAUAAAUCGGACGUUACUCUUCAUCCCAUGUUAAAUGCAUUCCAAGACCAUGAAAACUCAAGGAAUGCUUGUUUUGUUAUCCAGAAAAAAUCUUGCAGAACUUUUAUUCAAAUUUUGCUGCUUCAUUCCAUCCAGACAUUUGAUAUGUCAUUUCUUUUUAAAUCUUGAAUGUUCCGCUUGAUCGUUCAAAUGUUCCAGAAUCACUGAGCAAACUUGGACUUAUAAGGGUAUUUCACAUCUUGUAUUGUGUUUAAUCCUAAUAAGCAAUCCAUAGUUUUGUUCAAAAAUGUAAUUCUUAACUUCCUAGGGCAAUAUUUUGUCACACAAAUGGAAUAAUAAUAAUAAUAAUAAUAGUGGGUUCUUGUAUAGCGCUCAUGUCUGUCAGACUUGACACUCCUGGCACUCCCGAUUGGGUCUGAUUUGUUAUAAAAAUCGACAGGAUGGGUAAUAUUCUUCUCUCUAAAAGUGUUCAUGUUCUUUGAUUAAUCGCAUUUGAAAAUGAUGCCAUUGUUGUUGCUUGAAAUCUAUUUUAUUUUUUGGAAGGGGUGCGAUGUGAUGUAAUUGGAAGGACUAACGAUUUGGAUGGAUAAAUGGAUAAAUUAAUCUUUUCUGCAUAUGAAGUUAGCCUUGGAAUUUCAUAAAAUAAUAUUUUGAUUAACUAACGAGCGUAAAAGUCCCCUUAGACAGCAGGGUAUGCAUGUUCCACUGUCCAUUUAUAGUAGUACGAGCUUGAGGCAUGUGCAAUAUUUUACAGCGCCUGUAGAUUUCUAAAGAGCCAUCGAAAGUGGUUUUGAUAGAAUUAUGUCCGCUUUUCAUUCUAAUUGUACUUAUUCAAGCUUAUUGCUCUUGCUAUACAAAAGAUCAAAAGUAAUCCUCUCGUCCAUUAUUGUGAUUUAUGAGGAAAAAACUCAUCAAAACUGAAAUGUAUGGUCUUGUCAAAAGAUCUAUUAUUUAUUCCUACAGAGCGAGAAAAAUUAAUGAAAACUAUAAUAAAAAAAAAGGUCAUAAUCUUUUAAAAAGUGAAGAAAAAAACAUGCUCAUUUGUAAAUUUGUAUCAUACAAAUGUUUUUUGCAUCAGUCUUGUUUGAAUUCAAGAUAGACUGUAAAUGGUUUUCCUUAUGUGCUCUUGUCUAGUUUGCCUUUUUUCUUCUUCUUGUUUUCCAAAGUUUGUAUUUAUAUGACCUUUGUAUCAUUUGCUCUCUUUAGUUCACUCAUUCUUAUUAGCUAACACAAACACCUUGUAAAGUAGAUGUAUUUUGAGUUUUUGAAUUUUUGAAAGCUAUUUAUUAUUCCAAAUACGUUGCUACCUUCUCAUUUAAUGGUGAAAACAACAGUUUCCAUUAAACAGCUCUUUGGUGCCUAGGUAUUUAUUCACAACUAUUUAUUCUCCCUUUUUUUUCUUUCUUAUGCUUCGUCAUUAACACUAAGCUUUGUCAUCUUAGAGUACUAUUAUUUUAUUGAGCUCUUUUGUCAGAGUAUUUUAUUCUGAUUUUGAAGGAGAGCCACAAAGAUGUUGAGACAUAUCGUUUAACUUCCUUCUGGUCCUCAACAGACUUUUUUUUGUGUGGUUAUUUAUUUUCAGCAAGAUGAAGUUAUGGCACCUAGCUAUCUUUCUGUUAAAGUACAAGAGAAAUUUAACAUAGAUUCCUCUUAAGCCAAGUUCAGACACGACUCUUUUAACCACCUCAAAGGAUAAAAUGACAUUAGCAUAGUGUGCAUCUGAAAUCUGUUUAUCAUAACACAGAGAUUACAGUUCAUCCGGUUAUUUUUUAUUCCUGCUUGCCAUUCAUCUAUUUAUUUACCCGUAAAAUAGUUUUUAUUUUGCAGCAGCGUUUUUUGAGGUGAAUUACAGAGUUACGUGUGAACAAGCCUUCUUGGGCAAUUCCUUGAAUGUCUGUAUGCCUUUGAUUUUUGUUGUACCGGUACUUUGUCAUUUUUUGUUUUGAAAUAUAUCUUUUUUGUUUAUUUUGUUUAGGGUGGAGUAGAUUGCGAAACUAUAAGUCGUUAAGUUCAGAGAUUUAAGAGUGCACAAAUUUUGUACAAAGCUUUUUUCGAAUUUUGCGUUUGUUUCUGUAAAUAACAAAGAACGUGUGAAGAAGAGUAGAUGAUUAUUUUGUUGAUAGAUGGGUAGAUAUUUUGCGUACAUCAGAGAAGAUACAAUUUUAGAUUAUGUUUUCUGUAUAGGUGUAUUUAUCUUGCUAUAAAAUUCAUGCACAUCUGAAAUAAGGAGUCUAUUUAUGCAUAAGGAUUCUAAGUUAUAUAGACAAAUUAUAAGGGAUGGGAGGUAAAUCUACAGAUUUGUAAAUUUUGUACAGCAGCAUGGCUUGUUCUAAUACCUCUCGUGUAGAGUUGAGUUAAAGGGUGUAGUUAGGAUUGAAUUUAAAGCUGCUUUAAAUGCUAAGCCUGUAACAUGGAAAUGCUUUGUAAAUUGCUGUGGAAUCAUUUGAUUAAUUUUAUGAUGCUGGGGGAAAACAAAUGUAAAUUGAGCUUCUGGAAGUGAUCAUGAUUUUUCGACUGCUGGCGAAAAAAAUAACAAUGCUUGUUAAUUUUUGAUUUAGAUUUGGGAGUUUGCCAGGAUAUGAGUUUCCAGGCAUGUUGUAGCUCUCUGCUUUAUAGUUGAAACAAAACAAAAGAUGUGUCUUUGUGUAGAAUGUAGAUGUUUAUUGUUUAGAUAGCAUUUGAUUUGCCAGGUUAUGAAAAGGAAAAUAAAAACAUUCUGCAUACAGGGUCUUUACUAAUCAUCAGAGUUUAUGUUGACUGGAAAAUGGUCAUAUUGUUAUUAAUUUGUGAUUAUUUUGUAAUUUUUGCAGAAGGCAUUAUUCUUGCAUGAAAUAAGUGUUAUUCGUGGUUUGAGUUGUACUGAUAUCUUAAAAUCUUCUCACUUAUUAAAGGGAACGAUUGCGUGAGGUUAAGCGGUGUUUGUGUGUGUGUACACUUUGUACGAUAAGUGACUUCAAACUUUGUUUUUGUCAGCAAUAAUGGAGAUGCCGUUGUCUUCAAACCCAUGAAUUAAAAGUAAGGUGAUAAUAUAUAUGGCAUGUACAAACAAAAGCUGCAAAUUGAAAAGAAUGGCAUUCAUGUAAGUAAUAAGUAUAUACCGGUAUUUUGUGUGAGGUGUGUUGUGUCUCUAGAGGAUAAAUGUCAAAACUAUCGAGUCUGCACAAUCAUGUAGAUCAAGAGUAACAGGUUAUGUCACAAUAUAUGUGUAUGGUGGUAAUCAUGAUGGGAAAGCAAUCGAGCUGGACUGGCUGAAAGUUAUAAUAGACUAUGUGUGCUCUUUUACUGCUGAACCAAGUUGGAUACUACCAUUAUAUUGUCUAUUUGGACCCAGAAGGGAUUUAACGGUACAUGUUUGUUUCAAUCUAUGAGUUUUAUGCCUUUCUGUCUCUUACUGGGCAUUAUGCGGGGUUUUACCCUCCAAAAAAAAAUCCUCUCCAUGUUUCAGACCAUAUUUACUCCCAUGGUGGUUACACAAGUUUUGUCUUCCCGAACCAAAUGCCUGGUAGAUAUAAGAAAUAUGGCAUUUCUGCUCGUCGUGAUCUAGUUUAGUUAGUGUUGCUAUGGCAAAUACUGACAGUUCUCAAGUACAGAGAAUUCUGUUGUAUGUUUGGGACUGGUAAGAUAUUACAUAGCAAAUGAUGAUGAAGUGAAAAAAUAUUGCCGCUGAAUUUUGAGGCAAUAUGGUCCUCUCUGGACCUACUGUGGCCAUUAACAUGUAAUGAAUAUAAUUUAUAUUGUAAAACACUAUGUAUUCCUAUUAUUAAUUGAUAUACAGAUGCAUCAUAACCUUUUCCUGAUCUGCUGUACAAAUCAUUUUACAUAUUAACUCGCGUGUAAUGUCCAUAUGAGAUAUGUCAAUAUCGUAUAACAGACAAAAUAGAAUAAUACACACAUUUUUUCUGUGAAAAAGAAAAAUAAGGGCUUGGAAGAAAAAGUGCCCUUUAAACAGUCUAAAUAUAUAUAUAUAUGGUUUGUUGAUAUUGAAAUGUUGAUUGACCGUGUACAAAUAUGUAAUUUUGAUUAAUAAACUGGAUAAUAUAUUGCAUUUAAUUGAUAAGCCUAUCUAUUGUCUGCUCAAAAAGAUGUUAAUUUAAUUCAUUAAUGCCCUUUUGGUUCUCAGCAGACAGUAUUAGGCUUACCCCCCCCCCUUCCCUCAGCUGCCCCCCCCCCCCCAUCUUCUUAUUCUGUGUGGAAUGACAUCAUUACCCUUAUUACAUUGCCAAUAGGAUUCAAGUGUUAUACAGGGUAACAUGAAAUACUCCACUCGAUGUGUAUUGAAUGUAACACCUUAAUGUAGGUGCUUAAGGUUUCUGAACCUUUCAUUGCAUCAAAGGUGUUAUAAUGUACACCGCAACCUUAGCACUUAGCACCUUACACUUUUUUACUCGCCUCUUGUGUUAUGUAUCAUGAUAAAAAUGUGUAAAAGAAAGCACCUGUCUCCAGCACCUGCCUUGCACAUUAAUCUUCCUCGUCAUUGAUAAUACACUCCUCAGUUUACAUUCUAGUGUUCCAUUUUUUUACACUGCUCAACAUCCUACUCAAAAUAAUGCUUGAGUGUGCAUUGAUACAACUAGGUACAGUUAAGGUGUACUUUCUUCAGUGUCUAAGUGUAUAUGUUACAUAGGUACACUGCACAAAUAAUAAGAGUGUUAGUUGACACUGCUACAGUGUAGGUGUACCUGAUUCAGUGUCCAAUUUCAGUUUUUUUUUGGUGUGAUUCUUGUCAUUUGUUUUAAACUUUGUGUUCUUCCAAGUUUGUUGCUAUGAAUGAGUCAAAGUAACAACAUAAAUCAUCAUUACCCGUUCAUAAUAAUUGCACUGAAUGUUACUAAGCAACCGUCUCCAUGCAUACAUAUUACCUCAUGGAAAAGCAUACUUAGAAUGAUAGUGUCUGUGAUUUGUAUCGGUAAUCCUUGUGUCGUGAAUCGAUAUCACGAUUUGGUAUUGAUGCAGUGAAUUGUGAAAUAAUGUAAUGAGAUACAUAAGGGUUGUAUUGUAAUAUGGAGUACAGAUGAUUUGAUGUGUAAAACUAUUCUGUAUGUUGCACAAUGAGGUGCAUUGACUUAAAAAGUAAUGUGAGUGUACAUGAAUCUAUGAGACACACUGUAGGAAAGUAUUUUCCUUGUGGAUUUUUUUUUUCUCUUCUCCUUUAGGCAGAUAAAUAAAUGUUUUCUUCAAACAAAA